CUUCUGUGCGUACGGAUGGAGAAUGCCUCAUCUGUGACCGCCACCUCUGUGUCGAACAUAUUGAUCACGGCUGUCCUAACAUGGCAGGACGGGGCACCAUACGACUCCGCCGCCCGAGAAGCAGAAGAAAAAGAAAUCACACGACUCCUGGAAUCUCUUGACCUGUCUGCGCUCCUGUCGCGAGCAAGCGAUUUACGCAACGGCAUUGCCUGCUCUACACCGCAACCUCUCGUGUACGACCGGUCAACCCGUUCGUCCGUAAUGGGAGGCAUGAAUUACCACGUAGAAAUCAACUUCGAGGACGGGGUUCAGUGGCUAGCACGGAUCCGAAGAUCCAACGCGACCUCACCGCCACUCGACCUGCGUGAUUAUAUCAUGCAGAGCGAAGUGGCAACUCUUCAAUUUCUGGGAAAGACAAAGGUCCCUGCGCCAAAGGUGUUUGAUUACGGUCUCCAUGGGCAAACUCCUAUCGGGGUCGGAUACAUCCUCAUGGAGAAGCUCCCAGGGAAGUCCUUGCGCUGGUCCCUUGCCUCUCCGGAGCAACGGAGAAAAGUCAUGACCCAGCUGGCGGAUAUUUAUAUCGAGUUGGAAUCAUUCCCCUUCGAUGUCAUGGGGUCUCUUGGCCAACCAGCGACUGACCAUAUUGGACCCUUUGCGCGAGAGUCCUUGACGGAGUACAUCGACUCGCGGAUGGUUCCUCUCGGGCCUUAUAAUAAUCCUCGAGACUAUCUCCGCUCCAGCAUUGAGCUCAAUAUGCGAUUGAUUACGAAAGGAGAAAGCUACGCGGAGCGAGAAAUCGACGCAUACCUAGUCCAUCGAUUCCUGGUCGACUGUAUCCCCGACGUCCUGGUCUCACACGGCUUCGACGACGGGCGAUUCUACCUCCGCCAUGCAGACGACAAAGGAGACCACCUUCUCAUCGACGACGGGUAUAACAUCACAGGAAUCGUCGACUGGGAAUGGGCCUACACGGACAGCAAAUCCGCGGCGUUUAAAUCCCCCAUGAUGCUUCUUCCCGUGGCGGACUUUUACAACGGGGUCAAUGACACCGGUGAGGAUGAGUUGACAUUUGCAGCCAUUUUAGAGGAGAAAGGCAAUACGGGUCUGGCAGAAAUCGUGAGGAACGGGCGCCUGCUUCAUCGGUUCCAGUUCUGUUGCGGAUACGACUUCUCCGACUGGGAGGGUUUUCUGGGUCUUUUUCAAGGCCUCCGGGAUGGUUUGGGUAGAGACGCUCAUCUGGGCUGGGAGGAUUGGAGGCAGGUCGCUUUGCGUAGGUAUGCGGGCGAUGAGCAGUUGGAGAUGUUGCUGGGGAGGACGGGUUGAGAAUUGCCGGUCUCGGCUAUUGGGUUGUUUACUGAUGAGCCGGUGAUUAAUCUAUC